AUGUCUGCUCCCCAAGGAAACUCCGAUGGGUAUCCAAGUGCACCACCCCCUGAAGUGGUUGGGCAACCAUACCAACCCCAGAUGGGCACCAAGUCACAGGCCGCCUUUGUGCAGCCUCCUGCGGCUAUUGUCUACAUGCCGACCUUCGGGGAUGACCCCGUUAGACUUACCUGCCCUUCCUGUCGGUGCGAUGUCAUCACUAACGUCAAACACAACAUCUCUUGUGGUAAGAAAGUGGUCUAG